AUGACGGAAUUCGAUCCCGACACCAAACCGAGACACGUCAUAAUACCUCCGAUCGAGAACCGAUGGAAGGACAAGGUGAUCAGGAAGAACAUCAAUCUCCCGCUAGAAUUUGUGGCCGACGACGACAUUCCCUCCCAUGGCUCCGAUAACAUCGCGUACGGUCUGACUCUGCGUCAAGACAAACCAGAGCCAAAGCCAGAGCAUGUGGAGGAGAUGUUACUGAAAAGCAUGAGGAAGGAUUUAGAGUCGCUCCCUGAUGCUCCGGACUUGGAGGAUUUCGAGAGCGUUCCUGUGGAGGGCUUUGGAGCGGCUUUGCUUGCUGGUUAUGGAUGGAAACCAGGGCAAGGAAUAGGUCUCAAUGCUAAAGAGGAUGUUCCGAUUGUUGAAUAUAACAAGUGGUCUGGUACUCAAGGAUUUGGCUUCAAAUUGAAUCCGGACAAACCAAGUGUUAAGAGUAGUAAAGAGAUAGCCUUUAAGGGUAAGAAGGGUGUCAAGGAGAUAAAGAAUGUGGAGAAAUGUAGAACAGUGAAUAAACGCAGUAGAGAAACAGAUUGCACUCAAGUUAGAGACUGUGGGAGAUUGUAUCUUAAGAAAGCGGUGGUGACUGAUGUGGUUGGGCCAACAAGUUGCGAUAUUACUAUGGAUGAGAUGAAGGAGGUUGUUCGAGGGAUCGAUCAGGAGCUGCUGGAGACCGCAUUGCCCAGGAGAGGAGGGCAUGUGUUGGUACUGUCUGGGAGGCAUAAGGGUGUUUAUGGGAGCCUUGUUGAGAAAGAUUUGGAUCAAGAAACUGGUGUGGUUUGUGACGCAGAGAGCAAGGAGAUGUUUGGUGUUAAACUUGCACAAGUCGCUGAGUACAUGGGUGAUCCUGGUGAUAUUGGAUACUGA